AGUGCUCCCAAACUCAAAGGGGCAAUUUCGCCGAACAUGAAAGUUAAAGUGGCAAGCAAGUCAGAGAAUCAAAGAAAACUAAGGGCGAUUAUCGUAAGGCCACUAGCCAAUUAAAUAUUCUUAAAUUGACAAAAAUAAUAAUUAUAUUCUUGAAUGGUCUGGGACUGAUCCCACUCCCAAGUCCUAAACAGAACUCUGCUGCCUCAAAGUUACAGCCCUUUUUAGAACAACAAAGAGAGACCUGGAUGCCUCUGCUUCUCCAUCUGAUCCAAAGCUAGCGACUUUUCUGUCUCCUGGGAAAAUUUUGGAUCGCAGGAAGUAAAAUCCGAGAUGGGUUUGACUGAAUACUUGAGGUCAAUCGAUUGGGAGCAAGAAGCGUACCCAGCAUAUGAAGAUUUCACAAUUCUUCUUUUGUUUAUCCUCUACUUCCCAACUGUCCGAUUUUUUCUGGAUAAAUUCGUCUUUGAGAGAUUGGGGAGACGGUUAAUUUUUGGAAAGGGACAUCAGAAGCUGGAUUUACAAUCUGAAGAACAAAGGAAGAAGAUUAGAAAAUUCAAGGAGUCAGCAUGGAAGUUCACAUAUUUUCUUUCAGCAGAGCUUCUAGUCCUUUCUGUAACUUAUGAUGAGCCUUGGUUUACUGAUACAAAAUACUUUUGGGUAGGGCCAGGAGACCAGGUCUGGCCUGACCAGAAAAUGAAGUUGAGAUUGAAGGGAGUUUAUAUGUAUGCUGCUGGAUUUUACACAUACUCCAUAUUUGCUUUGAUUUUCUGGGAAACAAGGCGUACAGAUUUUGGGGUGUCCAUGGGCCAUCAUGUAGCAACAGUCAUUCUCAUUCUGCUGUCUUACAUUUUCAGGUUUGCCCGCGUAGGUUCAAUUGUUUUAGCUCUUCAUGAUGCUAGUGAUGUGUUUCUGGAGGUUGGGAAGAUGUCCAAAUACGGUGGUGCUGAAAGGACUGCUAGCUUUUCAUUUAUUCUUUUUGUAUUGUCUUGGAUCAUACUGCGUCUCAUUUAUUAUCCAUUCUGGAUCCUUCGGAGUACAAGCUACGAAGUUAUCCUGGCAUUGGACAAGAACAAGCAUUCUAUCGAAGGACCAAUAUAUUACUAUGUGUUCAAUACUCUUCUGUACUGCUUACUUGUUUUUCACAUUUUCUGGUGGGUGUUGAUUUAUCGGAUGCUUGUUAAACAAAUCCAAGCAAGAGGGCAGCUUAGUGAUGAUGUGCGGUCAGAUUCUGAAGGUGAAGACGACCAUGAAGAUUGACCGGGAAACACAAUGUCACCCUCAGGCAAAGAUGGGGAACGUCUUACGUUUACACAUUUGAUGUACUCUUUCGAUGGUGAAAAAGAUUAUGGUCAAAGAAGUGCAUCAUGACAGAAAAAAUUGUAUGUUAACUGAGAUAAGAUAUGGAAGCUGUGCAGGUUGAAGGAAUAGAAUGGCAGAGGGAGAGAAGUUUAACUAUUGACUGAGCUUUUGGCCCAUUUGCUGCCAUAAAUUUGAGUCUGGUGACAUGAUUAAUGUAUUGCAAGGAAUUUGAUAUGUGAUUGGAACUGGUUAUAACUGUACACCUUUUCAAGUCAGCUGUAAGGUCUUGUGAAUGCAAUGGAUCAUUUAUUUUCUGAAGUGUCCGUAUUGGAACAUGAUUUUUCUUUUCUUU